AUGGCACUGUCAAAGCCCUUUCCAUCUAUCGUCAAAGUUCUCGUCGUAUGUUGCUUCACCAUACCUCUCUCGCAGCAGAAAAUUGUUAGAGACUUCGUGAAGGGCGUUAGCUAUGGUAAUUUUGCAGAGACUGACAACGAGCGACUCAAUACAAAUAUUUUACAAUCCUUAAGCGUUAGAAAUUUAACGCAAUGCGAAGGCAAGUGUUUAAUUAACGGCAACUGCUUUUCUGGAAAUUUUGGAAAAAACAAGAAUCAGCACGGCGAACACGAUUGCCAGCUACUGGCAGAUAACAAGUUCACUUCUGCUCAACUAAUGACGGUUGAUAACUCUUUUCAACAUUUCUCAGUUGCAGUAAGUACAAUUUUAUUUCAAGGAUCAAAAAUUUAUGAUUCAGGAAGGCACGAUCAUAUAAUAUUUAGAAUUAUUCUUUUUUUUUGUUCAGUGUUUUUAAAUUUUUAAUUUUGCCGGAGAAAGGAAAGUGUCCCCCAAAACUAAAUUAUCUAUCUAUUCAUUUACACUAUAGGAAAAAAUACAGUUUCUUAAAAAUUUUGAUGAGAAAUACCAUGGGUGGCAACAGAUGGGAAGAUCUGUUUCAUUUAUCAAACAUAAAAAAGAUCUUUUGUUGGUUUCUCACCGCCGUGAGAACUUCGGGGAUAAGUUCGAUUCUUUCCGAUCCUAGGAUGGUAACCACAUUUUUUUGCCUAACAUUAAACUUAUUCGUUUAUACUCUCGGCCUGUUUGGCAAAUUAUUGUUAAAAACUGUCUGCAGUUUUUAACUAACAUAUCAAACAUGGCAUCCUGAAAAAGAACUUCGCUGAAAAACUUCGAUAACGAAAAGAAAACGAAAAGAGAAAGAACGUCGAUACCGUUUUAUUAAAUAUUCUGGAAUAAUUGAAUAGUUAUUAAAUAAAAUUUGAAACCUUAGAAUAAUAUGUAUAAAUAUCAUUAUUUGAAUUCAAUAAUAAUAUUUUCCUUAACAAAUUUUACUAGUUCAAGCUUGCUGUGUAAACUGCAAGUGGCAACAGUGAGGGGCAGCAAGAGGUGAAAUAAGAUAUUUCGUUGUUGCCUUAGCGCAGUGAAAAACUGCGUAGAAAGACUCAAUUCCCACGCAGUAGCUCCCGGACUAACAUGUUGACCAUUGAUGUUACUUGUAAAGAGUGAGGGAAGAGGCUGAAGUUUCUUUUUCAUGUUUACAGUCGUCUCUCAAGGUCUUAAGAAAGUCUGCUUUGAGUAAAGAGUAAAAGUGUGCUAAGAAGGCUCUUUUUCGAUGGAAAAUGGUUAAACUGCGGCUGCGAUGUCAGUUUCGCGAAGUUCCUCUUGUUUGAAAAUUUUUGGCCAGCCAUUUUCUACUCUGAUAAUUAACAACAAGAAGGUUGAGUUAUCUGAAUAAUCGAAUCGUUGGAAAGAGAAUCACUAGGGUGUGAAAGAAGCAGUGCACAGACCGUGGUCUAGCUUGCUGAGGCAAAUACGUGGAAACAAACAAACAAACAAACAAACAAACAGGAGAUAUAACCUUAAACGAGUAAACCAUUAUAACAAUGGCCGUAACAAAACUAGGCGCAAACAACAUGAAUUCGAUGUUAUUUCAGUAACGUAACAAUUGUCAAUGGCUUUGACUGAAUUUCACUAAAAUGCUAAUUACAAUGAUUAAACUCUGAAAGAAACUAUUUUUUUUUGGAAAAAAAAAGUAAGAAAAGAUUAAACUGCGUUUUUAAAACCAAAGAUGACACCUUUUUGCGCUUACAGGAGCAAAUGUAUCUUAUGAGUAAGAAUAGCAAUAUGUGUGAUCGCAAAGAGUGAUUGCUUGCCAAAUUUCACUAUUGAAAGAAUUGAACCACACCUUAAGCCUGGUAGAUGAAUUUGGAUUGUACCGACGCGGUAAAUCGUCAUUUUUGUUGAUGAAAAAACAAAAAGUGGAAAAGACAUUGAAUUGGGGCAAAAGCAUUGACUCUUGAUUUCGAGAAAUUCGUGUACUUCAUGUCAUCGUUAUUCUGUUGCUCUGGAAGAGAUGUCAACAAAACAUACUCUAAAAUAAAGUUCAAUGUCAGACAUGCUGUUUUACUUUGGAGCUUCAAACACGAAGGGGUGAGCUGAGACCUUAAAAAAUGGAUGCAAGCCUCCUUAACACGACUUCCUCACCAUGAUCAAAGCUUAGUACGUUUUGAAGUCCCCAAAAGCCAAACGUUAUAUAACAAUUUAUUUUCACAAUUUGUCUAGAAUCUGGCACACCCAGGGGAAAAUCAAUAUAACGGGGCAAGUUUUUUUAUUUUGGAAGUCGUAUGAAGUGCCCUAAGUGAGCGUUCGUGCGACAUAUCUAAAAGGCUUGAUAGUCAGAUUUAUUCUUUGAUAUCUCAUCACAUUGUUCAAGAGUUCUUAAUUAGUAACACAAAGUGAUGGUACCUUUAACCAUUAAUCGCGAUCAUAAGCCCAAUGUGCAAUAUCCUAAAGAGCCAACAAUUUUAGGAGAAAGGAGAUGUUACUUUGCGCGAUAUGGCUUAAACACAAAUUUUGCUCCUAUAACUGAAACCAGGCAAGAAGUCCUUUGGCUACAAUUCUGUUUGCAGAAUGGUUUUCUUUCUGAAAUCACCCAAGAAAUAAUUGUUUUCUACCUAUUUUUUAUAUAAUGAUUUUAUUUUUUGUCAUUUUAUACUUUAUAUUAGAGUCCAUGUGAUCAGAAACCCUGUAGAAAUGGUGGAACGUGUGUUCCGGUGUAUGAGAAUGACAGCUACGCUUGUGAGUGUCCAAAAUUGAUCAUUGAAGGCAAAGAUUGUGAGGAGGUAAUAUGGACGGCAUUUUGGUGGUAUGACGCUAACACUGCUUGGCCCGACUGGGAAGAAGACGUGCUCAAGUACGACUUUGGUCACUGCAAUUCGACGGAUCCCUACUGUUUUGGACGCCUUCCCUGGUCAGCGGUGGAAGACUCCACUGAGAUGCUUGCUGUUGACUCGGAAAACACUAUUUACAAAUGGCGUUUCAACUCCAGCAAUGACGUUGCUCAUGCAGUCUGGCACGCAUUCCAUGAUCACCAGCUCACCUAUUAUCAGGACGUGUUAAAUGGGCAAGAAUGGGCACCAGAUGUGUUGAGUGGUAAUUCACCAGUUAGAGUUCAAGAUUCAUUCAUGUACCGUGAGCAACAUGGUAUCAGAUCGAUUCUGCUUGAUGACGACAACUGCAAUUGCAAAUCGACUCUGAGUUUUGGCCGUCGCCUGUGUUUCGAUGAUGGGAGUUCUUACAGGAAAGGCGUGGAUACACUUUAUGACCCAUACUGUAAUAUGCCACGAGCUGGUGUUGGACUGACUCUGUACUUUCGUUCUUUAUACUAG